UCAUGUUGGCUGCUCCUGCUGGGGCUGUGGACGGUCACGCCCAUCUGGGCUGGGGACAGGCAGCUUAAUGUCUGCAUGGAUGCCAAGCACCACAAGCCAGAGCCUGGCCCAGAAGACAAGCUUUACGAGGAGUGCAUCCCCUGGAAGGACAAUGCCUGCUGCACGGCCAACACGAGCUGGGAGGCCCACCUGGAUGUGUCCCUGCUCUACAACUUCAGCUUGGUUCACUGUGGAUUGAUGAUGCCCGGCUGUCAGCAGCACUUCCUCCAGGCCAUCUGCUUCUACGAGUGCUCCCCGAACCUGGGACCUUGGAUCCGGCAGGUGGAAAAUGGGCCAGGAGAGCGAAUUCGGGAUGUGCCGCUGUGCCGGGAGGACUGUGAGCAGUGGUGGGCCGACUGCCGCACAUCUUACACUUGCAAAUCCAACUGGCAUGGCGGCUGGGACUGGAGUCGGGGGAAGAAUCGCUGCCCCGCGAGGGCCCUCUGCCACCCUUUCCCCUAUUACUUCCCCACCCCAGCUGACCUGUGUGAGAAGAUCUGGAGCGGCUCCUUCAAGGCAAGCCCUGAGCGCAGGAGCAGUGGGCGGUGUCUGCAGAAGUGGUUUGAGCCUGCCCAGGGCAACCCCAACGUGGCUGUAGCCUGCCUCUUUGCCAGCUCUGGUGCAUCCUGGGAAGUCCCCUACACGCUCAUGGCCUUCUCUCUGUUCCUGUCAUUCCUUUCCUGAGAGCCCCUCAAGCCCCUUGCACUCCAGCUCCCAUGGUUCCUCCAGCUCCAGCCCGGCCAAGCCAUAGCAGCCCUUCUCAGGCCCUUCCUUGAACACAGCCAUCCAGGCUAGGGGUUUAUGGGACACUGAGGCUUCAGCAGCUGGUGUCUGAGCCUUGACAUUUGGUUUUAUUCCCCCCUCCACUGCUCUGCUCUGUCACUCCCUGCCUGGAAGGCAGCCACAGGCUGGGAGUGCCAAGGUGACCUCCCCUACUCCUGCCUUUAAGGACGGUGGGGCUCUGACGUGGGGCCGCAGGCCCUUCUCAUCCAGUGCACACCCACCCCUGCCCUGGCAGAGCUGAUGGUGACAGCCUGGCGUCCUGUCCCACAGUGGUGCCUCCAAUAAAGCAGUAG